CACACAUGUUCACAAAAAAAGACUUUAAACCACUAGAUUCUUUAUCUCCAGCAAACAUCUCCCUACUAUCAUUUGUUUCAUGUUUUUGUUUCCUAUCUCUGUAAAGCAGACUUGGGUAUCUCAAAACGAUCUGUAUAUAUAUUCAAUUCGUCUUCUUAUUAUUACAGCAUAACCAUGUUAAUAUACUUGAUUCCAGUAAAAGUCCUUCAUUCGUCCUGGACUUUUGGUGCUCGGUAGAUGUUCCAAAAAGCACACAGUGACAUAUUACACAAUAAAUAAAUGAUUUGCAAGUUUUUCUUCACAAUACUACUAAUUUGCAGGCGGCUAGAAACUUAACUUAGCCGUGUUAAAUUGUUUAAAGUCACUACUUAGGUAUAUGUAAAUAAGUAGGUAAAUGUAUUUCAAAAGUUUAAAAAGUACUCCUUCCACAGAAAAAUGACCCCUGUGUCCGAUUUGUUAAUAUAUCAUUAGCUUGUUUAUAAUGAUGGACCAUGAAGUUUAAUUUUGUUGUAGCUGGUUAAGUCUACCCCCACCUCUUAAUGGGAUAGAACAGACUAAUAUAAUUAAUUCAGCUUCACUUAUUUCUCACCCUUCUCAGACUUUCCUCUUAUCUUUGCUCAUUUUUACAAUUAUGAAUAAUCUGACUUCUUUUUUUCCGCCCAGAAAUCUUGAUCUCAAAUGGGCACGAUCUCCUCCAAACUGUGGUGAAGAGGGAACUCUUAGUCACUGAAUCUGAGAAGCGCCAAACAUUGUUGCUUUCUAAGGUUUUAAAACUCGACUCCACUCUUCCAUUAUUGUCAUUGCUGUGGGUCCCUAAAUUCUCUCUAAGAGAUAAUGAUGGAGGCUGGAACACGAGCUUCAGUAUCAAACAACUACAGCUUUUUGUAAUUUAUGGAAUUUUUACAUGAUCCUGAACUCAUGAGAACAACUGAAAUACUAUCUUCAGUAUCAGUUUACAUCACUAGAUGGCAGCAGUCUAUUUGUGGUAAAGACAUGUAUUGCAGACUAUAUUCAAUCUGAAGGCCUUUAAAUCAAAUCAGCUUAAACUGAGUGAGUAAGCACUGGGUGGUUAGUUGUUGGUUUAACUGAGCACCGUGAAGUGUAUCUUAAAAUGCUUUCAUUUGACUUCAGCCUAUUUGAUGAAUGCUUAGUCUAAAACUUCUGACUUUGCCUCUCACGUGUGAAAACAAUCAAAACCAAACAUUGAUCGAUUUGCCUAAAACAUAAAAUAAACAAACAGAACAAAACAUGACUUAUCAAACGUCAGUUUUUCUUAAUCUUAUAUAAACAUUCAUUAUUGUAACAGCAGACUUGGGCCUAUACCAAUUACAUUCAACAUUAUGCAACAUUAAUGUUUUCAACAAACAACAUAGUCAUUAUAAAUAUAAACUGGACCACUGAGGUCUAAUUAGGAAUUGAAACUUUUAUGUUUGUAUGUAUUUUUAUGCAUAUUUUUUAAAAAACGAAUGGGCCUCAUUCCAAACUAAACCACACAUAAACACUGACCUAUAAAAACGUUCACCCUUUCUCCUUCAUUAUAACUCUUGCUUUGAGUUUUCCAUGUUCCUGAACAUUUAGAAAAGUUGAGCAGAGAGAUGCACGCUGAUUGGACCUCCUGUCCUCUGUGACGCAACCCACAGUCCUGCUGCUCCAAGCUCCAAACCGCUGCUCAGCCCUUUUUGCGCUUAAUGCUUCCACUGCGUCCUCCCCGAGACACCGCUGUCCUGUGACCGGGGUCCUCCAGGGCUCCCCCAGGUGAACCAGAGGUCCACACCCACCCAGCCGGAGCAGGGGGAUGACUCAGAGAAGUUGGGUGAUCCAGAAAACCCGGCGGUUCUGACGGUGCUUUCACUCCAAGAGGCGCAGCGGUCCCCCUCCAGCCAACGACAGAAUGAUGUCCGCUAUAGAGACUGGUGCCGCCGUGUACCAACCUGCACAGCUGCUCAACUGGGUCUACAUGUCCCUGCAGGACUCCCAGAGCAGCACGUUCGAUGCCUUCAAAGCCGAGUCGGACUCUUCCCUCCAGGACAUGAACAACUCCAAGCGCAGCGCAGCGGAUCUGAGCUCCAACUAUCUCAACAACUUCUUCCAUCUGAGGAGUGAGGCCUUGAACAACAAUUUCUACAAGAACUCCUCGCCCUACGGGUCCCUCAACAAUAUCGUGGAAGGCUUGAGCUCUCUUGCGGACCAUUUCUCAGACCUCUCCCUGUCCCCCGAGACGCGCAAACACAGCAAACGGCCGCCGCCCAACUACCUGUGCCACCUCUGCUUCAACAAAGGGCACUACAUCAAAGACUGCCCUCAGGCUCGACCCAAAGGUGAAGGCCUGACCCCGUAUCAGGGAAAGAAGAGGUGUUUCGGGGAAUACAAAUGCCCUAAAUGCAAGAGGAAGUGGAUGAGCGGGAACUCCUGGGCCAACAUGGGGCAAGAAUGCAUCAAGUGCCACAUCAACGUCUACCCUCAUAAACAGCGACCUCUGGAGAAACCGGACGGGUUGGACGUGUCGGACCAGAGCAAAGAGCACCCCCAACACCUGUGUGAAAAAUGCAAAGUCCUUGGCUACUACUGCCGCCGUGUGCAAUAACUCUCUCUGCUUGACUUCCCUGGUUUGGUCCACAAAGGGACGAUUCUACUUUAAUAACUAAAAACACAAGGUAAUAUACUUUAUCGUACUUCAUCUCUAACGGUUUAUUCUCUGACACUGUGACUCUCGGUGUGAGAGGCUCGUCGCGAUGGAAGCCUUCUGCAGUAUCUCUCGGUGGAGACGAGUACUUUGCAUUGGCUGGGUGCUUGUGAGUAACUCAGUUAUCAAUAUGUGAAUAUAUUCAUUUGACGUCGUAACUAUGAAGCCAGAAUCUUACCUUAACUGUGAAUUCAGAAACUUUAGCUCAGCGUCUGACUUCACUCGUGUUGGAGCUAAAGUCACGAGUGAAGUUUCCAAAUGAAGACUCUUUUCUACAUGUUUGUAUAUUCCAGCAAUAACUUAAAAUGAUGUUUUCUGUAUAAAAUAUGCAACAAGUCUUUACUCAGAAGGAUAUGCAGUAUUAAUGUGUAUCUGCAUUAUCAGUACUGGAGGGUACAUAAUUAUUGGGAGAUAUUUUUAAGCCAUUAGCUUUGUUUCUUAUUACACUUAAUGAAGGAAUAUAUCAGCCGACUAACAUUUAUUCUUUAUAUACUAUGUGACUACAGUUAAAACACCUUUUGGGUCAUUUUAUUCCAAAGUUGUUAACAAAUGCAAUAUUUCAGGAACAAUGUAUUUCCUGACAAAUAGAAUAAACUACAGCACAGCAACAGAGACUCAGCAAGGUGCUUUAUUUUUAUAGGUCAUAGGUUGUAAUGUCUCGUAUGUAACACGAGACAAAAUGAGGAAUAAAUAUCAGAAUGUGCCAAAGAUCAUGAAGGAUUAAGUGGAAGGUUCCGUGUGCAUGUUGCUUCAGAGGGUUUUUGUAUUUCAAAUUAACGAUAAUUAAAUGGAAAAGAACCAUCAGUUGAUUAUAACUGUUUUGGACGUGACACGCCGUUUAAUGUGCCUUAAUGUGAGUAACCCAUGAGAUGGAUCUCUUCAAAUGUUUUUGUAUUAAAAUGCAUUUAAACAUG